AGGAGGCUGACGAGAGCGUUGUCUCAGACAUUUUGUAGACAUUUUGUAGACACUCUUGUGUUUUCAAGGAGCUCGUAGCCCAUACUCGCUGCACUAUGAAAACGUAUAGGGCUAGUAGACAAUAGUAUAGAGGCUUGCCUCUUGGCUAUGCGUCCGCGCACACGCCCCAGUUAUGCCAGGACGCCUGGUUUUGGUGGCCUUCGCUCUUGCUGAGAUGUUUUCGAUAAUGACAGUAUGAGCGUGAGGUGCUCUUGGCCGCGGCUGGAGUGCACUGCGAUGGUCGCUUGCCCAGCUCGUGUUUGGCAGCGGGCGAGAAGCGGAGGCGCAUUCCUUCUGUUUUGCGUUGCUCUACUUGCGGCAGGCGUUUGCGUGGGCGGGCAGGCACAGGCCUCGACAACCGGCACAGCGGGACCCCCGCCCCCGCUUCGUGUGCUCGCCACGCUCGCGUCCGCCCCACGCCCCCCCUCGCCCUCACCGCCCCCGCCCGCACCUGAGCCGCCACGGCAGACCGUGCUGCUAUCUCGCCUGGACGCCGUCACGCGUGAAUCCAUCUGCGCACUGCCUGGCAACGCCUCAGCGGGCUGCGUCGACACGCUGAGUUGGGUCAUCGACCUGGACCCGUUCCCGCUGACCGUGGGCGGUUCGGCCCCAGCUGUCGGCAGCUCCGGCGCCGGCUUGCGCUGCAUCGCUGGCGUGGAUCUGGGUCUGGGUUGCCGCUGGCCCAGCGUGAGCGCCUACCUGGUGUCGGGCGAGGCGGACACGUACACCUACAGGCCCCUGGAGCUGGCGGUGCGCGCGCCCGACAUCUCUCAGGCGUUCCAGCUGGGCUACACGGACCAGGCGGCGGCGCUGCUGCGGCAGCUGGAGGGCUUAUCGGUGCGCUGCACGGCGCCGGCGCCGCCAGCCGUGUACGCGGCCUUCCUGUUGGAGCCGCUCAUCAUGGCGCUGGCUGCGGCGGGCGUGGACACCGGCACCAACGUUACUGACAUCCUCGCAACUAUCGCCGCCGCAUCCGGGCGGCCGCCGUCGCCGCCCUUGCAGCGGUCGCCGCCGCCGCCGCCGCCCCUGAACGGCUCCGCCGGGGCGGUGCACAACAGCACCAUGCCGUCAUCGCCGCCGCCGCGGCCCGUGGCAUCGCCGUCACCUCCUCCGCCGCCGCCGGCGGGCUCGAGCCUAGCCGCAGCUACAACGGCGGGCGGAGGUGGCACAGCCGCCAACGUCAGCGCCCUAAACGCCACCGCCAGCCUCAACUUCACGUACGCGGGCAUUCGCAACGCCUCCGACCCAGCCUCCUACUUCUCCCGCCUCUAUACCGCGCCCACCACGCCGCCCUCGCGGCUGCGGCGGCUGUCCAUCAACGACUGCGGGCUGUCGGGCCAGAUGCCGGAUGACGCCACGUGGUUACAGCUGCCCUUCCUGGAGCGGCUGGACCUCAGCCGCAACCUGCUGUCCGGCACGCUGCCGCCCACCUUCGGGCCCACGCCGCCCAUGGCGCACGUGAACCUGUCGUACAACCGCAUCACUGGCCCGCUGCCAUCCACCCUGAACCGCUACGGCGGCUGCGGACGUGUGUUAGACCUGUCCUACAACGACCUGCGCGGCCGCAUACCUCGCGCCUGGCUGGACGGCGCUUGCUCGGCGUCGGGCAAGGAUGCCGGCAGCAUCACGCCGCGUACCGCCGCCACCGCCGCCGCCGCCGCCGCCCCCACCGCGGCCUCCUACCUCGGCACGCUCGACACCUCCAACCCGGCAGCGCAGUCACUUGCAGCUGCGGCGGCGGAGGCGGCCGCCGGCGGCAUCUUUGGCGCCGCCGCCCUGGCGGGCAGCGGCAACACAGUGGUGUCCGCGGCGAGCCUGGUGGAGGACCCCACGGCCGGCGCCGCGGCCGCCGCCACCAUCACGCUGAGCGGCUCGGGCGCCUUCUGGAUGAGCUACAGCCAUUCGUACGGCUUCGCCGGCGACGGCUGCCCGCCCGACGGCGUGUCGUGGGGCUCCGACCCCGACCUGCACGCGGCCGUGAUCACCACCUCACCCGCCUUCGCCGCGCUGGCGUCAGCCGCCACCGGCAGCAGCGCGGGCAGCAGCUACACGCGGCCGUACCCGUUCUCGAUGCUGCUGUACGGCAACCCGCGACUGCAGACGCCGGGUGACCGCGGCGUGACGUUCGCGGCGGCCUUCACGCGCUCGCUGCAGUUCGGCAUGCACGACAACGCCUGCACCGCCUUCCAGCCGCUGCCCGAACUGCUGUGGCUGUGGGGCAGCUUCGGUGCCGCGGGCGUGGCCGUGCUGUUUGCCGCCAUCUUCUACGCGGCCUGGCAGUGGAAGACCAACCGCUCCAAAGUCACGCCCUCUAAUGCAGCUGCUCAAAGUAGGCGGCCGUCCAUGGCGGCGGGCGCGGCGCCACCUCCAGCAACGGCGCCGGGAACUGCAGCCCCGCCCACACACGGCGGGCGGCUGGGCUCUAUGUCGGCCUCGGUGCCUACAGCGGCGGCCAGCCGCGUAGCGCUAUCGGUGGCGCCAUCGGGCCUCAGCCGUGCCGACGGCGCCGCGGUGGCGCCUUCCGGCCCGAGUGGCUGGACGGCGCCGACACCGGGGCAGGUGUCGGGCCCCAGCCGCACUGGCGGGUCCAUGUCGGCGGCGGCGGCAGCGGGGGCGAACCGGGUGGCUGUCUCGGGGCCGAGCCGCGUACUUGCAGGCGCCGUGGCGGAGUCCGUGACGCCCUCUGGGCCCAGCAGUCGUGCCGCCGCCGCUCUGGCAGUGGCGCCAUCCGGCCCGAGCCAGCGCCGCCAGCCGCCGCCGCAGCCUUUGCAGGCCGAGGGGUACGAAGAGGCGUAUGAGGGCACGGGUGGAGCUGGCGCGGAGGAUCAGGAUGAGGAGGAGCGGGAGGGUGGCGCGGAGGAGGAGAUCAGCGACGCGAGCGGCGCGCAGCAGAAUGGCAAUGAACAGCAGGUGUCGCACGCGGCCGGCUACGAGGCUUACCAGCCCCAGCCCGAGGCAGCAGCAGUCGCCAUGGGCGCCAGCGGCGGCAUGGCGCGCAUCAUCAUCGUGGCCCACGCGCGCGCCUACUCCCGCCGCGCUGUGGCCCGGCUGUCCAUUUACGGUCGCAACGCCUACGAUGUGACGGGCACCGUCACGCGCUGGGUGCUGCACGAGAUCCCGUGGGGGCCCAUGGCGCGUGCCGCCGCCGCCGUGGCGGCGCAUGCGGCGGCCGGGUCCAUGACGUACGUGCUGUCGCUCGAGUCGCGCCGCACGUACUGUAGCACGUUGGUGUCCUGCCUGCCGUGGCUCUGGGUGGUGCCGCCGGCGCUGGCGGUGCUGGCAGUUGGCGGCACGCUGUAUCUCAUGCGCGCCACUCGCGAGCUGGCAGCGACCAUGAGCAAGCAGGUGGGCCAGGCGGUGGCAGACCAGGUGGAGGGCUCGGCGCACGGCGGAGGCAGCGGCGGAGCUGCCGCUGAAGGCGCGGCUGGAGGCGGAGGGCUGAGCCGCGGGCGGAGCAAGGCGGCGACGGAGCUUGAGGCGGAGCUUGAGGCGGAGGAGGCGGAGGAGGCGGCAGCCGCGGCCGGUGGUGCUUCCCGGAGGGAGGUGCACCGCAGCAGCAGCGGCGGCAACAGCGGAGAGACCGGCAGCGGCAGCAGCGGCACCGAAGGCACUGUCAGCACCGACGGCGUCACGCCGUCCGUACCCGUGCUGGCGGCGACUGCUGCGGCGUCGACGUCGCUCGGCUCCCGCCGUCACCCGCCGCCGCGGCCGUCGCCGUCGGCAGGCGUCGGAGAAGCGCAGGAGCGCUGGGUCAGUGGCCAGCGACGGGGUCCCGGCACCGGCACCGGCAUGGCGCGCGAGGGCGACGGCGCUGCUAUAGGCGGCAGCGUCAUGCCGCGCUCGCCCACAUGUGUGUCCUCGCCCAGCAUCGCCGGCCCGGCGGGGCCGUCAUCGGCUCUCAGGUCGUCAGUGUCGCGCGCGCCCUCGCAGCGCCGCGUGACGCUGGGUGGGGUGAUGCCCACGCCCACUCCCAUCCGCAUCAACGGCAGUAACGACCCCAGCGGCGGAGACGUGCCGCCCAACCGCAGCGGCUCCAUGCAUGGCUUCUCUCUGGUCGCCAACACCAACAGCUUCGCGAACGGCCUUGGUAGCGCCAGCCCCAAGUCCAGCCCCAAGGCCUCCGGCACGGGCGCAUUCGGCACUCCCGGCCCACACGACCUUGCUGCCGAAGGCGGCGGCAGCCAGCCCGGCAGUCCGCGCUCGCCCGCUUCCGUCCGUGGCAGCGCAAUGCCCGGCAGCCCGCUGGGUGGCGGCGCCGGCGCCGGUGCGCCGCGCUCACCGCUAGGUCGUGGUCUGUCCGCCGUCGGUGGAGCCAGCGGCAACGCCGUGCGCGGCCGCAGCGCUCUGGCUGUGGGCUCAGCCCUGAAGCGGAACAGCGUGGACGAAGACGCCGUAGCGGUGGCAAUGGCGAACGGCGGUGGCGGCAGCAGCCGCACCGGCACAGGCACGGGCAUGUCGCCGGGCGGCGCGGCCGCGGGCGUGUCGCACCGUAUCAGCAGCCCUAUCUCUGGAGCGGGGGAAUGCAUGAGCCCGUCCGGCGCCCGGGGUCUGCGAGGCCCGGCCGGCAGCACCAGCAAGCGAGUGCUGAUGGCGUCGGCAGGCGGCGGUGGUCCGCGCGCGGUCGCGGAGGCGCUCGAGUCGUCGUCACCGCCACUCUCCGAUGACCAGACCGCCGCCGACCACAGCGGCAGUCCUAGAGAGACGGUGCUGGGACCGCAAACUCCAGCCCCGUCCAGGCCAAGCCCAAGCCAUGCCGAUAACACGGCUUCGGGACAGGGCGCGUUGACGCCAGCACAAACGUGCAGCGUCUCCGCACGGCGACUGGUGGUUCGCGCAGUGGGCGGCACAGCCUCACCAAGGCUCAUGCGCAGCCACAACCACAACCACAGUCACAGCCCCCACAGCAGCCCGCGCAACUGUCGAGUCUCGGCGCAGCUGUCGAUCGCGUCGACGGAAGACACGGCGCGCUACUGGGAGGACACGGACGGUGAUGGCGGCGACGUGGAUGGUGGUAGCCAGCUGGAUGGGGUGCUGCCGCAGGCGGCUGCGGAGCAGCCGGUGGCGGCAGAACAGCAUGCAUGGCGGCUGCAUGCUCAGAUUGGGGUGGAAGGCGACGCCGGAGACGGUAAAACCGCCGGCGCUGAGCAGGUGCAUCUCGAGCAGCAGCAGGAGGAGGCUGUUGGCUACUGGCAGACUCCAUACGCAUGCAGUGACGAUGGUGGGCGGGUGCCGCGGCGCUCGGUCACUGCCGCGGCCCAGGUGGCGAGCUGGGACGAGCAGGAGGACUGGUAUGGCGAAGCCGCGGCACUGGUCAUGCGCGCUGCGGCACACGAGGCGCUGGCGGCGCGGUGGUUGCCGCGGUCCUGGUGUGAGCUGCUGCCGCCGCCUCUGGCGCGCUCCCUCAGCUUCUGGCUGCCUGGAGGAGGCGGGCCGGCGCUGCCGCACCGGGAGCUGCUGUUGGCGGCGCCGGCCGGUGUGCCGGUAGCUGAGGGACACGAUGUCGGAGGCGCGGGCGGCGUCCGGUUUGCAAAGGGCACCGGCGGCAGCACUGCAGGCGGCGCGGAGGCGGAUGGUGGUGGCACUGACAGGAGCCCACAGCACCAGUCGCGGUCCAUGGGCGGCCGCCCGGCCGCGCUGACGGUGCCGCCAGGAAUGGAGGGCAGCAUUGAGUAUGCCCACGCGCGCCAUGUCCAGCUUGGCGCGGCUGCUGCUGCCGCGGCGCCGUACAAGCACUCACACGUGUAUGACCCCGCAGCCCUGUCGGCGGCGGGCGGCGGCGCGCAGCUCAGCCCCGGCAGCGCUGCAUCAGCCGCCGUGGCGCACGCUACGGCAGCGGCGGCAGCCCACGGGGGCAGGCGCUCCAUGUCUCGGCACCCCAGCCGCGGCGCCGCCAGUAAAGGCGCCAGUCCCCUUACCAGCCCGCCUUCCAACGUGACGGCGCACCCAUGGGGCGUGAUGCCGGCACCGCCGAUGCCGGGCCAGCAGUGGCACAGCAUGCCUCCCGCGCAGCAGCAGUCGCCGGGCCUCAUGCACAUGGCCACUGCGUCAGUGCUGGCGCAGAUGGCCCAGGGGCGCGCUCCCUACGGCGGCCCCAUCAGCCCCGGCUCGCACGCCGCCGCCAACGGCCCCAACAGCGCCCAGGCGCUGAGCGGCAGCGCCAGCCAGCACUGGCAGCCGCAGCUGCCAUCUCCGCAGCCAGGGGGCGCGCGGUCGACAGCACGGUCGCACAGUCGCCUGGCUCAGAACGCGGCGGCGGCAGCGCUAAGCGCCAGCACUGCCGCUAGCAUGGCGGCGUCUGUGGCUGCCGGCGGCGUCAGCCGCCGGUCCUUGGCGGCUGCGGCCGCCGCAAACGCCGCGGAGCCUCCGUGCGCGCACGCACACGGGCACCUGCUCGUGCCGGAGCGGCGCGUUGCAAGCAUGCCAUCGCAGCGCCACUCGCCGAAUGGCGGCCCGGCGUCGGCCAUGGAGCCCGAGUCCUCCAGCAUGGGGUUCCUUCUGGCGGGGGUGCCCGGCACAGGCACCGACGGCGACGGGGGCGGCGGCGGCGGCGGCGGUGGCGGCGGCCUGCCCGGAGCCAUCGGCAGCACCCACAACUCCCCGGACCCAUACUCGCGGGUGGCGAGUCGGCAGCGCAGCAGCAGGUGGCUGGAGCACCAGCUGACGGCGACCAGCCAACGGAGCAUGGUGACGCAGCGGCCGUCCAUGGCGGCGGCCGCCGCCGUUGCAGCCGCCAACGCGCAGAGCGCCGCCAGCAUGACGGCGGCGGCGAUGGCAGCGUCGGGGCCCUCGGCGGCGGCGGCGAUGGCGGCGCAGCGGUCGCGGCUGCCCGGCUACGGCGCGGAAGGCUCCGCCCCCGCCGACUCUGCUGCCGCUGGCGCAGGUGCACCAGCGGACUUGCCCGCUGCCGGGGGCGCGCCUGGGGUUCAGAUGGGCGGGGCGACGCGGGUGCGGCGGCUGCGCCCGGCGGCGCUGCUGGUGGUGCACGAGUACCUGCGCGACAGCACCCUGGGGCGGCCGGGCUCGGGUGCGGCUGCGCGGCUGCGUGCCAUCGCACUUAGCGUUCUGGGUGUGCUGGGCUGGGCUGUGUUUGGCACGCCGCUGGCGCUCGCGCUGGCGGCGCCCACGGCGCUGGUCAUCCUCGUGGACGCAACGCUGCACGUGCUGGCUGCCUCCGGCCGUCUGAUCGCCGCUGGCGUCUCCCUGCUCUUCCGAGGCCCCGACCGCCGCUCGGCACUCGCGCGCCUCGGCUCCUACGGAAGCGGCGCGGCGUCUUCCGCAGCCGCCGCGCCCGUCGUGAGCAGCGUGGUGGUGGUGGGCGGCUACUCCGGCUGGGCGGCGUCGGUGCGGCUGGCGGCUGCCUUGUUCCUUGGGCUGCACACCCACGUGGCGGCGUGGGCGCUGUGCAUUCCGCUGGCGGUGUUCACGGGCGCGCUGUACGGGCUGGGCUACGAGUGGGGCGCGGGCGCGGUGCCGCUGCCGUGGGUGUUCCUGGCCGCCAACGCGGGCUGCCUGGCGGGCGCGCUGCUGCUGCUGGUGGAGCUGGCGUUCGACAUGCCUGCCUGGGAGCACGGCGUGUGCAGAUAUCCUUACGCGAUGGCGGUUCGUGCCGCGGCGGAGUCUCGGCGUGCGGCGGCGAAAGCAGCGGAGAAACGUGAGACACCUCAGGAGGUUCCCGCGUGACAGAGUCACAGCGGCGCUUGUACUUCAGGUUGGAAGAUUGCAAUGAUUUCUCAGUGAUUUUGUAGGUUGUCUGGCAUUUAUAGUGUGUGGCGGGCGGCGAUGUCGACUGUUGUCUUCAUAUUAUAUGUCAAGCCGAACAGGUGAUGUAGCUUGAAAUGUAGAUGUUCAAAGCAAUCAUGGCAUCUGGUCAUGCUCAUGUUAGCUCAAGCCUCGAAGUCGAGGCCAUCUGCUGUUCUUGACGUGAUGCAUACCUGCAGUCAAGCACACAGGUGAACACAGCUGUGUUGGUGCACUGUUCAACGCGCCUUUGGGGGCGGGGCACUUCAAGCCCACACCCUGCGCGAUUCAUUCUGCAUUGUAUACUCACCUGGCCCUCAUCAGGCAUUCAUCUAACAGCAGCAUGCCGGAACGGCAUGAGGGCACGAUUCUUGAGUGGCUGGCGUGGCGGGAAGCCAAAUCCUUGCAGUGACGGACAGCUAUGUGGCAUAGGUCGGGGUUGUGUGAGGCAGUCAGACGGACUAGCUGACGCCAGGCGGCGAAGCGAGGAAUAUGUCGUGACCACGACCGGCGAUGAUUUGACUCAUGCUGCUGGGUCAGCUGCGGACUGAUCAGUUCUUGGAGCGCGUGUUUCCGAGCUUUGACGGGAACUGGGGCUUGGAGCAGCGUGUUUGAUCACGCGCAAUCGCUUGUGGCCAGUUGUGGCCUCCGUGACUCACGUGGCGUAGUCGCGUAGAACCCCAAUAUAAUGAUUUCAGGGCCGCGCCGUGCCGGACCAACUGCUGCUACUGACUGCCUGGUCCAACUGCGACUUGGGGUCAACACGCGCGCGCGCUGCCGUGUGUGCGUAAGGAGCCCCAGCCCCCAGGGAAAGCAUGCUGCAAUGCCAGACGACGAGUGUCAGAACAGUCCUGGCACACUGCGCAUACACGUCAAACUGAAGUGAGCUUUAUUGACAUGCCGGCCGCCAGGCGUGGGACGACUCUUCGGAGUGCGGAGGGUGGAGUGUUCCGGACUUCGGUGUCGGUCGGCAAGACCAGGCCAGUAGGAGUGGCAUCACCAGGACAGGCGUGUUUGGGCUCGAUGACAGAACACGCAUACCCUGCCAGCCCCGCACGUGAGCACAUCUAUGCACGCUCGUACAGUGAAGGUUACCGUAUUCGCCUGGUGCUGUACAUAUGCCCAUGCCGUGUUGGCUGAAUACGUUACGUUCACUGUGCGCGCGUGCAAGGAUGUGCAGGGGGUCCAAGACCAUGCCGAGG